AUGAGAUUCUUCAAGACCGAUCAUGGAUUCUUCCAUCGAAUCAUUGUGUACUCAAGACCAGUCAAGUCCAUUGCGCAUAUCCACUGUCUGGCUAAAACCCAGAACUCAGAGAUCGCUAGACCAAGUUUUCUGGCUGCUGAUCCAAGCUCGCACCCAUGGCUCGAGUGGCUGGAUUUGAUGGGGAUGCUUGUGAAGAAAGGUUACUUCGGAGAAAGUUUGAAUCCAUUGAUGAGUUCCAAAGAAUCGAAUCAUAUUCGUACUGCUUGCCUCAAUUUUGCUCGCCAUCGUUUCACUCUUGUGAGAUACUUGUCGAAGAAAGAUAUCAAAGUGAUUGCUGGGUGUGGUUGUCCUAGCACUGACAGGAAGGUUGUGAACUCUGGAAAACGUAUAAGAGCAUAUGUCGGCAUCGAUGAAGGAAAUGUGUGUGGUUCUUGCAACUUGAGAGGGAAAUGUGAAAGGGCGUAUGCGCAAGCACGAGAAGAGGAAGGUGCUCGAACUAUAGAUGUCAUGCGUAUACUGCUAACUUACGGGCUUGAUUCCAUUUCUCCUAGUGUGGAGAACCGUGCCUGUCAAACCAAAUUUGUUGAAGAUUCUGUGAGGAAGUUGCUGAGAGAAAGCGUUGAGUAUAGCUUAAAAGAUGUUGAAUCUGCUGAGACUGAGACAGCUCGAGAUGAGCUCCAGCCAAAUUCACAGGAAAUUAAUGAGAGAGACCCGCGGAAAAGGCCAGGGGAUUGGCAUUGUACAGAAUGCAAGUUCCUAAAUUUUGCGAAAAACAUAAGAUGCUUGCAGUGUGAUGUCUUUUCUGAGGAAAGGCUGAAACAGUUGAAGGAAGAACAGAAAGAUCAUCUUCCACUAAAGAAAGGAGAUUGGAUAUGCCAAACAUGCAAUUUCCUGAACUUUGCGAAAAACACGAGAUGCUUAAGGUGCAAAGACAAGCCAUCAAUGCGUCAAAUCAACCCGGGAGAGUGGGAGUGCGAGUCGUGCAAUUACAUCAACUUUAGAAGAAACUCGAUAUGUUUGAAGUGUGAUCACAAGAGACAAAAGGCUCCAAACGUCACACUGGAUUCAAAGACUGUUGCUGAUCGUGACAGCGGAGUUUCAAAGAGUUGGAGUUUUGUAGAAGAAGAUAGUGAAAAACGAUGCAAUGUAGAAGAAGAAGAUGGAUUAAUGGGGUUUCCAGUGGUUGGAGGGAGAAGUAAUGUUUCAAGGAGUGUAGAGAAGAGAGAGCAAUGGAAGUUGGAGAUGAGAAGCAAUGGGUCUAGAGCAAAAGAUGAUGAUGAUAAGAUUAAGGAGGAGGGAACAGAGUCAAGAUGUUAUUAUGAUCGGAGAAAGAUUGAGCUUCUUGUACCCAGAAACUUUAGAUUGUUGGAAGAGCUUGAAAGAGGUGAGAAAGGAAUCGGAGAUGGUACUGUGAGCUAUGGAAUGGAUGAUGCUGAUGAUAUUUUGAUGCAAUCUUGGACUGGUACCAUUAUUGGUCCUCAUAGUACUGCCUAUGAAGGGAAAAUCUUCCAGCUUAAGCUUUUCUGUGGUAAGGAUUACCCGGAAAGUCCGCCUAAUGUGAGGUUCCAGACCCGGAUAAACAUGACUUGCGUCAACCCUGAAAAUGGAGUGGUUGAACCGAGUCACUUCCCUAUGCUUUCCAACUGGAGAAGAGAGUACACAAUGGAGGAUUUACUGAUCCAGCUAAAGAAAGAAAUGAUGUCACCACAGAACCGGAAGUUAGCUCAACCCGUGGAAGGUAAUGAGGAAGGGAGAACAGACCCAAAGGGACUAGUGGUGAAAUGUUGUGUGAUGUGA